AUGAUUGCAAUCCCAAAUGUAGUGUCCACUUCUCCUGCAAGGAUUAGGAGGCAGUGGGUGAAAAGGAUUCAGUGGGGCGCCCUCUUUGGCCUGAUGGUCCUCAUCUACGGCUCUCACGCCCCCCUCAUCACUCUCACUAAGGUCGAUGGUAAAGUCCCUUUCAACCCGUCAUCUUGCGUUGUCAUGAUCGAGUUUGCCAAACUCCUAAUAUCUUUGGCAACUCUUGUUCUAACUGGAGGUACAUCUGCCUUAAAAGCUCCUCAACGUCUCAUCCUUGUGGCCCCCUAUGCGGUCCCUGCCAUUCUCUACGCCCUCAACAACAAUCUGGUAGUUCUCAUGCAGGCCUACAUGGAUCCAAGUUCAUACCAAGUCCUGUCUAACCUCAAAAUUGCCUUCACGGCCUUGCUCUACUCUCUCUGCCUGGGCAAGAGGCUCCAGCAUGCUCAGUGGUUCGCUCUGGGGCUUCUCAUGGCUGCUGGGGUGUGUCACACCUACAGCAGUCUGGAUCUAGGAGACUCUGUUAGAGCUAACGCUGACGAUGUUUCCAGCCUUCACAUCACUGCGUGGGGUCUCUUCCUUGUGCUGGUGUACUGCUUUGUUUCAGGCCUGGCAGCAGUGUACACAGAGAGGGUGCUGAAGAGUCAGAAGCUGCCUCUCAGCCUGCAAAAUCUCUACCUCUAUGUGUUUGGUGUGGCCAUCAAUGGGCUCUCCUCCUUCUCCACAUUAGCAGGCAAGAAGAGCCUUCUGGAUGGAUACUCAGGGGUGGUUUGGGUCAUCAUAGCAGGGCAGGCAGCUAACGGACUUCUCAUGUCUGUGGUGCUCAAGCACGGCAGCGGGAUCACCAGACUUUUCGUCAUCUCCUGCUCCAUGCUGGUUAACGCUCUGUUGUCUUGGGCCAUUUUGGGGCUGCAGCUGACGCCUUUUUUCCUCCUUCCAGUUUCUAUGAUUGGACUGGCAGCUUAUCUUUACUACAGAUAAUUUCCACUUAAUGAGCCACAGGAUCUAUUUGUAAAAAAAUGAGUCAAUAUACGUUUAACUUUCUAGGUUUUGAGUUUGAAAUAUGAUCUUUUGCCUUUAUUUUUCUGCCUUUCUCUCUCAGAACCCAACACCUAACCCAUUUAAUGUGUUGAACAUUAAACUUUAGGAUUUAAUUCACGAUUCUGUUACACUGUUGCAAGUAAAACCAAAUAACAAUGUAAGUCAUUGUAUCUUCAGUUACAUAUGUCUGGGGAGAGCUGCUAUUGUCAUUAUGGUGAAUAAUUUUUGCAUUGCAUUCUAUGCUAAGAACAAAGUCAAAGAUUAUAUCAAAGUGUUAUGUUAAUUAUAACCAAUAAAUUGUUUAAAAAAUUAAUGUA